AAGCACCUGCACUUUGGUUUAAAAGGACCCAUGAAAAGGCGCACCUGUGGUUUGGACGAUCUCACCUUGAGUUGCGGAUGAAAAGGGCUGAGGGAAAACAUAAAAAGAAGGAUGGAAAUGUAUUGAUUAAAUAAAAACAGUGGAAACUUCCAGUAGGUCGAGAAAUGCCCUUGACAGAUAGUCUGUGUGAUUGUAGUUGCAACAGCUGUCAGAGCGCGAGACCCCCUCCCACCCCACGACUGGUGCUGAGUGUGCACAAGUGCGCAUGACCGUCGAGAGCAAACAGCACCGGAGAGGGAAAUUUAAAAAACGUUUUUUUUUUUCUUUCGGGAGAACAAGUGCCCCAACCAACAGUAGACAUUUCCUCCGUCUCAUUACCCAAGAUUAUCUGCAACCCAGAGCAACUUCAGCACAAACAGAAGAUGAUUGAAAGUGGAAUUACAUCCAGCAGGAUGUCAGGAAUUCAUGAAAACCCUGAACAAAAUCACCACACCUCUGCACAAGACUACAGACUUCUGACUACAGACACGUCGCAGCUGAAGGACGAGCUUCCUGGUGAUCUUCAGUCCCUGUCUUGGCUCACCUCUGUGGAUGUUCCCCGCCUUCAGCAGAUCAGGGGUGGGCGACCAGACUUCAGCAACUCUGCUCAGAACAGCCUACUAGAGCGGCAGACAGCUCAAAUGAAUAGCAUGACAGCAGCAGGAGGAGCAGGAUCUGCCAUUCAUCUACAAAGUGAAAUGCAGCAUAGCCCUCUGGCCAUCAACAGCAUGCCCCAGUUUUCCCCUGGGUAUCCUUGUGCUGCAUCAGUGUACCAAGCCAUGCCUCAACAAGUGCUCACUUUCACUCAGGCAAACCAACAGUGUUCUCCAGGUGGACUUUAUGGCAACUACAACAGCCAGGGUUUGUUCCCUCAACCUCGCAUUGCUGCUCACAACCAAGACCUGCAGCCCAAGAAUUUCCCUAAACCCAUCUACUCAUACAGCUGUCUGAUUGCCAUGGCUUUGAAAAACAGCAAGACAGGCAGCCUUCCUGUUAGUGAGAUUUACAGCUUUAUGAAAGAGCACUUCCCUUAUUUCAAGACAGCACCUGAUGGAUGGAAGAACUCUGUACGUCACAACCUGUCCCUGAAUAAGUGCUUUGAGAAGGUGGAGAACAAGAUGAGUGGUUCCUCCAGGAAGGGUUGCCUAUGGGCACUCAACCCUGCAAAGAUUGACAAAAUGGAGGAGGAGAUGCAAAAAUGGAAACGCAAAGAUCUUCCCGCCAUCCGCCGCAGCAUGGCCAAUCCAGAUGAAUUAGACAAACUCAUUACAGACAGACCAGAGUGCUGCAGACAGAAGCCUGUUGAUACUGGCAUGACUCGUUUGCCCAGCUGUCCCCCAGGCCAAACUCUCCCAGUGCCAGCUCAGCUGCAGCACCAGCCAGUGGUCACUUUGUCUCUGCAGUGCCUCCCGAUGCACCAGCACUUUCAACUGCAGCUUCAGAAUCAGUCUCGCUUGGCUCCCACCUCCCCAGCCCCUGCCCAGACACCACCUCUUCACACAGUCCCUGACCUGACAAACAGCUCCCUGCCCCAGCAUCCUGCCAAGCAGACCAGUGAUUUCUACACCAUUCACACUGAUGUGAAUUCAGAGGUGGAUGCACUAGACCCAAGUAUUAUGGACUUUUCCUGGCAAGGAAAUCUUUGGGAGGAGAUGAAAGAUGACAGCUUUAACCUAGAAGCGUUAGGUACACUCAGCAACUCGCCACUUCGGCUGUCUGACUGUGACUUGGAAACUGGCAAUGCCACGCCUGUGUCCAUUGCAGGAGGACUGGCCUACCCAGACCUGCAGGUGACAGGCCUCUAUUCCUCAUACUCGGCUGUGGAUGCCCUUUCUAACCAGUACCACAUGAACACACAAGGAGGAACUAAGCCUAUUGUUUUGCUUUAAUUCCACCCACAAGAAAUUAAGCAAGCCAAGCUUUACUGCAGAGGACCAUCCAUAAAAUUUUGGUUGAAGCUUUUCAGUCCUAGCUUUCGUGGUGUGUCAUGGACUCCAAAACAAAUUCCCUGCAAUUCAAAUUUCUUCCAAGGCAGAAACGCACAAACCAGAAAAGUUUUGUGAAAUUAUUGCAGAGAAACGACAUCAAAGUGACAACUGAAAUCCUAAACUGAAAUUAAUAGUGUUUAUUGUAAUGUAACAAUGAGUGACUUUGUUCAGAGGCAGAUUUUACAGCUGGCUAACAGCAUUGUCUCUGUACAUGAAAUACUCAUGUGGAAUUUAAGGGACCAAAUCAGCCAUUAAGUUUUUAUACAAUUUGCCGUGUGAGAGAAUGUGACUCACAAGGGGUUGAAUGAUUUUUUUAUAACAGUCCAGUGCAGAUUGUCGUACUGGCAUUGUUACCAAACAUCAUUAUUACUAACUAUAGUGUUGCUCUCCUAAUAAACAAUCCAAAUUACGAGUUACACACAACAUUAAAGGAACAGGGAAAAUAAUGGGAAUUAUGAUUUUGGGUGGGUUGCCAAGCUGUACCAUUAAAGAAACUUGUUUUCUUAUUUUGUCCAUUUAACUGUUAGCCUUGUAAUUUUAGUUGUGUGUCUUUUGUUGUACUGUGAUAGGCACUAUAUCUGCUCUUUAAUUUUUGUGUUUCAUUAUUUAUAUUUAUGAAAAGAGCUGAAAUGGUGACAUAAAUCAUUUUUUUUGUUUUUUUUGUUACAUAUCUAAAUAUUUCAAAUGACUUCAAGCAAUAACAUUUCACAAUAUUAAAAAAAGAAAUAUUGUAUGUAUUCAUUCCACUCAAAUAAAAUGGUAAUAUGUCUA